AUGCCAGGGAACGAGAUCUCCAUCUGUGACAAGUGCUGUGCAUGUAACUACGUUGGGCCCCCAGGGUCUCCUCGACCCCCUCCCCCAGUAACCAGCGCGGCCCUCCGCGUCCUGGGAGCAGCGGGAGCUGCUGGGCGGGGGCCCCUGGCCGAGCGAGCUGGGGGUAUCCGGGCAGCCGCUCUCCCGGAGGCUGGUCCCCGGGUGGGACCAACGCAGAGCGCUGGGACAGGCCCCCGGAGUCCAGCCUCCAGGCCCCCAGCUGCUGGGAGAGGGGAGCGGGCCCCUGCCAAGACCCCAGGCCCAGGCUCUAUCACUAGCCCGGGACGUGCCAGCGGGACCACCAGGUUAGGCUCUCUUGCGCAGAAGGGGCUUCGGCCCCCAGCUGAGGAACCCGUGACCAGAGGAAAAGCCCCAGAAACCCCCAGAAGGAGCGCGCUGAGCGCCGGGGCACGGAGAGACUCUUCCGGGCCCUCCCCAGGCGCCCCUUCCCCAGCCACCUCCCGUCGGUCCCGGGCUGCAGGCGCUGAAGUCGGUCUCCCUCGGGCAGCUCCGAGUGCCCGGCCGCGGCCUCCGACCGAGGCCCCCAGGAAAUCCGUGAGCAGUGCCCCGCAGCAUGGUCCCGCAGAGCCGAGCCCCGCCGCCAGGAGGCGACCCAGCGCUGGUGGAGGCCUCCAGAAGCCAGCCUCGCGCCCCUUGGGCUCCAGCGCCACUCCUCUGUCCUCCCCCUCCCGCCCCGGGGCCUCGCCGGGUGGAACACCUCGGGCUCUGGGGCAUCCCUCGCAGCCCAAGUCGAAAGGGCUGCAGGCUCUGCGCACCCCCCAGUCCACACCCGCAAGGAAGGGCGCAACCCCCGUGCUGGGUCUUUCUCCUCCUUUAGCCACGCCCUCUCAGCCGGGUUCGACGGCACAGCUGGCACCACCUCCGCAUAUCACAGGCACUCCUCUGCCUGACACGCUCCCUCCCUCUCCACCGACCACGCCCCCUUCCCAGUCCGCAACCGGCCCUUUGGCCACACCCCUUCCACUAGCCCCUCCUCCCUCUGCUCCCCUCCCUCAGCAGACCCUCCCCUCUCCGCCGGCUACUCCCCCUUUGCAAGCCCCACCCACACCCCCGGGUACCUCCUUCUUGGAGGCAUCCACUUCUCCCACAACCACUUUUCUGGCUUCAUUCUCUCCAUCAUUGUCACCCCCUCUGCAGAUUAUGCCCCCAACCCAGGCUUCUCCACCUUUGCCCCCUCUUCUGACUCCCCACUCUCCCUUGGCCACACCUCCUCUGUCGGCUCCUGGACCACCAGCCACGGCCCCUCUACCAGCCACGGCCCCUCUACAAGCCUCUUUUACUCAAGCCACAUCUCUGCUGAACCCGCCCUCUCCCCAAGCCACACCCCCUCUGCAGGGCCUUUCCACUUUGACUACUACCCCUCCACUGGCCAGUGCUUCCCUAUCUCCUCCCCCUCUUCAGGCCACGCCCUAUACAGUGACCACGCCUCCCACGCAGGACUCAUCUCUGGCCACAUACCCUCCGCAAGUUUCUCCCUGUCCUCUGACCACCCUCUCUCUGCAGGGUCCUCCUCUGUGCUCUCCAUAUCCCUUGGCCUCACCAUCUCUGCAGGCUGCACCCUCUCUCCUGGCCAGGCCCCCUCCACAGACCCCACCUCCUCUGGCCACACCCCCUCCACAGGCCACUCCCUCUCCGACCCGGCUCCCUAUACAGGCCCCACCUUCUCUGGCCUCACCGCCUCUGCAGGCCCCACCCUCUCCCCUAACCAUGCCUCCUCAACAAACUCCAGUGUAUCUGGCCACACCCCCUCCACAGGCCAUUCCCUCUCAGAGCGUGCUCCCUGUUCAGGCCCCACCACCUCUGCAAGCCCCACUCUCUCCUCCGGUUUCACCCCCUCUGCAUGACUCUUGCUCUCCCUUGGCCAUGCCCCCUCCCCAGGCUCCACCUUCCCUAGCUUUGCCUCCUCUUCAGGCUCCUCCCUCUCCCCCUGCCUCACCCCCUCCGCAGGCCCCUCCCUCUCCGCGGGCCCCUCCCUCUCCCCUGGCCCCACCCUCUCCGCGGGCCCCUCCCUCUCCGCCGGCCACCUCCUCUCCGCAGGCUCCACCUUCCCUGGCCUUGCCUCCUCUGCAGACUUCUACUCUCCCUUUGCAGGCCCCGCCCUCUCCCCUGGCCACGCCUCCUCAGGCUCCACCUUCCCUGGCGCUGCCUCCUCUGCAGGCCUCCGCUCUCCCUUUGCGGGCCCCUCCCUCUCCUCUGGCCACGCCCCCUCCUCAGGCUCCACCUUCCCUGACCUUGCCCCCUCUGCAAGUCCCUCCCUCUCCCCCGGACUCACCCCCUCUGCAGGCCCCACGCCGCCCCCCGACCCCAGGUCCGGAUGCCCCGAUCCCGGGCCCACGGCUGACCCUAGCGCUGGCCCCGGCUCCGCCGCCACCGCCCUCGCGCAGCCCGUCCAGUACGCUGAGCGGCCCGGACCUGGCGGGCCACAGCAGCAGCGCCACCAGCACGCCGGAAGAGCUGCGCGGCUACGACAGUGGGCCCGAGGGCGGCGCCGCGACCUCCCCGCCCGCCGACGCGGAGCUCGCCGCCUGCCACCCGGCCUCCUGGAGCCGAGGUCCCGCCCCGCCGCUGGCGGUACGCAGCACCGCAGGAGCGUCCCUGCCUUGGCCUCCUGCGGCCGGGUCGGGCUCGGCUGACGGCCUAUGCACCAUCUACGAGGCUGAGGGGCCCGAGUCGUCGAGCCCCGCCCCAGGCGCGCUGGAUCCGGGCCCCGGCCCCGGCGCGGGUAGUGGGAAGGUGGUAGCUGGAGCAGGGGCGGCGGCGGCGGCCUCGCGUGGCGCGAAGCCGGCGCGCCUGGGCGAGCUGCCGCUGGGGGCGCUGCAGGCGAGCGUCGUGCAGCACCUGCUGAGCCGGACGCUGCUGCUCGCUGCGGCUGAGGGCGCUGCGGGCGGCGGCGGCGGCGGCCCAGGGGGCGCGGGAGCUGGUGGCGUCGCGGGGGGCGCCCGGACUGCGCUCAGCGACGCCGAACUGGGCCGCUGGGCUGAACUGUUGUCUCCCCUCGACGAGUCGCGCGCCAGCAUCACCUCGGUCACCAGCUUCUCCCCGGACGACGUGGCUUCCCCGCAGGGUGACUGGACGGUGGUGGAGGUGGAGACCUUCCACUGAGCCAGACCCUUAGCCCCGCCCACGACGCCCCUUCCCUACUUUAGGACCCGCCCCUCCGGUUACGCCUCUCGGUCUUAGACUGCCCGCCUGCCCUCCUCCGGGAGCCUGGCUCCCGGUAGAUUGGACAUAGCCCCCGGAGGCCUAGAUUUGGGGCCAGGCUCGCGACCCCCCCACGCCUCUGGCCAAGGUCUUUCCCCUCGAGCCCCGCCCCCUCCCUGGCCUAGGCCCCACCCCAUGUGUGAGUAUUGUCUACCAUGUGCUGCCCGAUUUUGCAAUAAAGCCGGGGACACUGCAGCCUGUGCGCCUUCGCGGUCGCCGAGGGGGUCCACCGCGGGGGUCCACCGCGGGGCGGCGAGAGGGGUUGGGCCAGCGGGUGCUGGCGGCUGUGCACGAGCGGGUAGUAGCUCUGGCUGAAGGCCUCUCGCACACAACGCAGCGGUGCCUUUUCUCUACUAAGGAUAACGGGCGCGUGAGGCGGGGCUGGGGUGGGACCUGCGGCUUCUGGGUCCCCGCGGUCCAGCGCGGCGCCCCCCACGCACGUGCGUGAACCUGGGCUUUUCCCUGUGUGACUUAUGGUGGAAAUGCUAGGCGGAGGAGCGGCCCAGUGAUAUUGCACGAUCGAGUGGAUGAGCUGAUGCGUGCCUGGCGUGGUUGAACGACCGAAACUCUUCCUACACUCCCCUAAGGGAGCCGGCAUCUCUUGCAGGGAGGGGGAAAGACGUGUGGGAAGGGCUCUUUCAGGUCCGGGCGAGGGCAGGGCGUCCCUUCCUGCGGCCCCCUUCUCACAGUGCACGUCCCCCUUUCCUGGCACGCCCCGGGAGUGCCAAAGGGAGGGAAGCGUCGCCUAGACCUGAGGGCGAUCUUGGCUCUCUCCUGCGUCCUCCCAACUGAACCCAACCCAACCCAGGGCGCACUGUGCUCACUGAGGAGGCUCCAAUGCAGAAGGUGGGUCUGCAGCUGGGCCCAGGGCUCCUCAGGAAGACCUGGUGUAGUGUACAGGGCCCUCCUGGGUCAGGCCCCACCUAAGGAUUCCUUGUCCCGGGAGCCGACUGUGCCGAGAGGGUUCUGCGGGGGAAGGAGCAGCCUCUCCCCAAGGUUGUGCCUCCCAACCCAUGGGCCUCACCUUUCUGUCCAUCUCAGGAUGCCCUCCUCAAGCCCCUCGAGCCAGGCAUCCUUGCCUGUGCCCACAGCAAGUGUCCUCAACAAAGCCAAUCUCUCUUCAGAAUUCCUUGUCCUUCCUCUCUCAGCUGAGUCACCCUGACCCUGGACCCCUCUAGCCACACCCAGGCCCUUCUUCCCAAGUAUCACUGCCAAAAAUGCAGCCCCUGGGCCUUUUCUCCCUGAGGGUCUCUUGCUUUAUAGCAAGUAUGACGGAGGCCUUGUGGGGAUCACAAACAGGGCAGGUAGAAGGACAGAGCGGGACCGUGUUGGACCCUCAGCCCAGUCUCUGCCCCUAGACCCAGUCCCUGUAGUCCACCCUGUAGCCACACUCCUGUCAGACACAGAUCACCAAGUCCUGCCUGUCCUCACCCCUGAUGUCAGCCUGGAGUCCUAGGAGAAAAUCAACCUUCUCCCAGUGGGACAGUGCACCUCCACUCCUGGGGGCCAAUGUAUAUGGGGGGGGUGGACAAGCAUGCUCCCUCACUCAAGCUCUGAGUUCAAUGGCAAAUCACAGAGAUUCCCUUUCUAGCUGGGCCCUGCAAGGACCCAGGUGUCCUUGUUUCCAGAUGCUGGGGGUUAAUCCUGACAUGCUGGAUAGCCAGGGCAUCAAGACCAGCCGCUAAGAUGGAGCAGGGCAGAACCUCGGACAUUUCCCCUGGGGCCCUGCCCUAUCCUGGGGAGCCAGCUGGGGUAGAAUUACCCUGUGGGAGCAGGAGAGACAGCAACUGUUGGGGGUCUCAACGUUAAAUCUGUAUGAUGGGAAUGGUGUGGGGACACACACCAUUGUUGGGUGAUGGGUCAAUGCGUGGGACUUGGCUGUCCUGGUGCACAACCAGUGUCACGCCUUGCUGCCUGGCAAGUAUCAGGCCACUGUGGGUGGGGGCACUUCGGGUGCAGAGGGUAGGGCCUGGUUGGCAUCUGCCUGGACCCAACUAAGAUUCUCCCCCUGGGAAGCCUUCCUUUGCCAUCCCUGGCUCUGCUGCUCCCCAACCUCCCUGCCCCCAAGGGCUCUGCCUUUCUGGGCCUCCUUCCCUCAGGGGAGGCCCUACUCCCUGUCCCUACUGCCCAGCUGUUUGGGUUCUGCCCUGGCCUCCUGACUGACCCCCAACACUCGUCCAUCUGAUGGUGCCCCCUCCCCCACCGAAGCCCUCCAUGGCUCCCCAGGGCCCUCAGUUCAAAGCACAAAUUCUGGCUCCUGAGAAGUGGAUUUGCAGUCUGGCCAGGCCCACUCUCUCCUGUUCCUUCUUCAGUGGCAUCAUGCGCCUCCUGCUGACCCUGCCAAGUCUUGCUUUCUGCUUUUGCCUUUGGAGAUGACUCCACCUCCCACCCCCACCUUCUGGGAAGCCUUCCUUGAUUCUUUUGGGCAGUUAACCCACUAGUCCGCAGGCUCAGCCCCCAGCCCCACCCCGUUGUCUGUCUCCACUACACUGGGGACUCCUUAGAGCCUGGCGCAGGGCAGAGCGCCCGAAGGGCUUCAGGAAGUGUGGGCUGAAUGAACACCAAUCAGAUCCCGGAUCGUCCUGAAGCCCUGGGCCCCCACCUUCCUCCAUGUCUGUCAGGGGAGACACAAGCUGAAUCACCCAGGUGGAAAAUCAUGCCCCCCACCCAAUACCUCCCCACUGUCACCAUCUCCAGAGCUGCCCUUCCGAAAAUUGGCACGCCAUAAGGGUCCACGUGUCAGCCUGACAUCUGAAGUCCUUUGCGACCUGUCCCCCCAUCCUAUUCCCCCCAACCUCCAACCUUUUGUUCACACUGAACCAGCGUGUGCCCUUUUCUCUCCCAUGCUGCCCCCCAACCUAGGCAGUCUCUUUGGCAUCCCUACUGGCCUGCUGGGCCCCCUACCCCUGAUUCCCUUAGACUGUGGGAGGUUCCCACAGGCAAGGACAGUCUGCUCCCCUUCUCACUGCUUUUCAGGACAAGGAGCUGGAGACUCUUAGCUGCUUGCAGUCC